UGCUAAAAUAACUAUUUCGUUCGAAAAUAUUAUUACCAUGAGCAUUACAAUACAGUGUCGCUAAUGAUUCUUUAUUUAAAUUCCAAGUGCUAUUACUACAAUCACGCUCGUCAUUUAAUUAACGUUAAUAAUAAUUAUAAAGUCAAAAAUAUUUAAUCAAAAUGUAUAAUCUACCCAAUGUAAGCAGCAUUAUUAUUUUAGUUUUACUAGGCAACACACGUACUCAAUAUGAAUAUCAAAUAUCUUGUGAUUCUGUUGUUCUUUGAAAUAUGCUGUGGUGAUCCACAUUAUUUAAAUGUUACAGAGUACUUCCGUAUGCCGCCGCUGUUUGAACUGGAUAACUAUGAACAAUGCAUGGGCAGCGAAGACGGUGUGUUUUGUGUUGUUGCUGUGGAUGUCAUAACAGAGCCUGAUAAUGACGUAACAAAUAUCAUAAAAAAAUAUUCCCAAAAUAAGCAAAAACAAUAUAACCACUCAAGCUUAGAGCGAGGGAUCUGUGUCACGAGUAGUUGCAAAGGAAACAACAUUAGCAAUUUAAACAUGGAAGACUUAAAUAUCGUGCUUUCUGAAUGCAUCAAUGAAACUAUUUAUAAUGAAUAUAAAGUAAAAACACAAGUAUCAAGAAUAUAUUAUUGCCAUAAUUCUAAACGACAGGUUGAUGUAGAUGUGGAUAUUGGAGAUUGGAUAUUUGCUGUUAUUAUUUUAAUAAUAGUUCUGCUCAAUAUUAUUGGCACUUUGUAUGACGCGCAGCUGGAUAGAACAAUGAAUAAAAGUACAGGUAAUCAAUAUUUACUAAGUUUUUCCGUAUUUCAAAAUUGGAACGAGUUUAUCUCAAACGAGCGAAAGGAUCCAAGAUUAAGAAGUUUUCAAGGCUUAGACGCGAUCAGAACUGUAUUAAUAUUAUUAGUAAUCAUGGCACACGUAAUAUGGUUCAUGUCAUUAACUUUUAUUGACAAUCCUCGAGAGCUUGAAUUGCGCCAUGCUUGAAGUACAUUUCAGACAGAAAGCCGCAAGGCAAGCUCUGUUUUCCCAGGAGGUUAAGAAGUCGAGCGGCCUGGAAGGAAUGUCUCCCGUCAUGUUCGGAAUGUAAGCCCUGAGUUGACGAGGGGUUCUCUCGGACAAACAGACUAAGGUACUGCCCCCAAUAAUGAUGAUCCUCGGUUUCACCACCACGUGGUACCGCCACCUCGGCAAUGGUCCGUUGUGGAACUACUACGUGGGCACAGCGGUCAGAGACUGUCGGCAAUACUGGUGGUCACAUCUACUGUUCGUGAACAUCUUUCUGCCAUAUACCGAAAAUAGAACCUGCUUAUAUCAAACCUGGCAGGUCUCUGUGGAAAUUCACUUAUAUACCAUCGGUUUAUUCAUAUAUCUGGCCACCAGGAGACGUUUUAGGAAUCUCGCAUUUAUCAUAAUGUUCCUCGUUGGUUUAGUUGGACCAGCGCUACCUGUGUGGUUAAAAGAUACUGAAGCUACUGUUUUAAUUAGUCCAGAAUAUAUUCGAAGAAUAGAGAGCUAUGAGUUCCGUAGUAUACAUUCCUUACCUCACAACAACUUGCCAGGUUACGUCAUCGGAAUGUGUUUGGGACUGUACAUAUAUGACGCACAACGAAAUGAUAAAAAGUUUCCUAAUCGCAAGAUUUUAUCUUUGUUAACGUGGAUGGUUAUACCAGCUACAGUUCUAUUGUUCAGUAUAUCUGGAAAGUAUUUUAUCGGAAGCCACGAGCGAGCACCUCUUCUGUUCAGAAUGAUAUUUGCUGCAGUGCAUAGACCCAUACUUGCGAUUUUGUACGCGUUCCUUGUACUCAGUUUUGUGUUCAAAUUUAACAAUUUUGGAAGCAUUUUAGCAGACUGGAGUGUUUGGCGGAUACCAAGCAGACUUAGCUACAUGGUGUAUAUCAUCCAUGUAAACAUUAUUCAAUAUUUGCUCGGGACUAGGACUCAACUGGCCAACGCAUCUUUCAUUAACUUGGUAAUGAACAUUAUGGAGGUGACGUGUAUAUCAUUCCUGUUGGCUCUACCGUUGUAUCUACUCCUUGAGGCACCAUUCACCAAUGUUGUAAAGAAUGUGAUACACCAAAAACGUUUAUCAAAGCAAGUCACAAAAAAGGAGUAGAUUUAAAAUCAUUUUUAUGAUAUUAUUAAUG